GACUCAGACCAGGUUUUUAUUGAUGGAGAAGGUCAUCCACUUACCUACAGUGACUUCUCCAAGAUCACCAUGAAUCUCCUCUCGAAGACCAAUAUUGACACUUCCCAGUUCAAGUCUCACUCUACCCGUACAGCAAUGGCCACUCUCCUACUCCAGUGCAACGUCCCCUUACACACUGUUAAGAAAUUAGGACGAUGGAGAACAUCCGAGUCAUUAGAACUAUUCUAUGACAAGGAAAUUAUUGGCCUCAAAAGUGAAGACAGGGAUUUUGUAGAUAGGUUAUUCAAAAGAUUC